CGCACCCGGAAGUGGCGGCCUGCAGGCGGGGCUGCGGCUGCCACGUUGGAGCGGAGCAAGGAGGUGGCCCUGGGCCGCGGAGGAGGGGCGGCGGCGGAUCUUGGGAGAGUCGGACGUUCGCCGGCUAACGCAGGACAGGUCGCUGAGGUCCGCCAGGUGUUUCCGCCGUUUGUUUCCUGCCCCUCGCCAGGUUCGGUGUCCGCUGCCGAGGCCCGCGGCCCGUUCUCCGCUGACGGCGCGCCCCAGUCUCGUUUCGGCCCCGCCGGGACAACGCCUGGAGUCUCAGCAGCGGGGUGAUCGCGCCCCUCAUCCUCUGCCAACGUUUCCAGGCUGCCCUGCUCGGGAGCGAGUUUGAGGGCCCCAUGGACCUAGUCUGGCCAGGAAGUAGCUGAGACAGGAGGAUGCCCAUGAACUCUUGAUUGUCCUGCUUCUUCUGGAGGGUUGGGGCCACAAGGCCUCCGCCAUUCUAGCAGGAUGAAGUUAAAGGAGAUAGAUCGUACAGCCAUGCAGGCCUGGAGCCCUGCCCAGAACCACCCCAUUUAUCUAGCUGCAGGAACAUCUGCUCAGCAGUUGGAUGCGACAUUUAGUACCAGUGCUUCCCUUGAGAUAUUUGAGCUGGACCUUUCGGACCCAUCCUUGGAUAUGAAGUCUUGUGCUACUUUCUCCUCUUCUCACAGGUACCACAAGUUGAUCUGGGGACCUCAUAAGAUGGAUUCCAAAGGAAACGUUUCUGGAGUUCUGAUUGCAGGUGGAGAAAAUGGAAACAUUAUUCUUUAUGACCCUUCUAAAAUUAUAGCUGGAGACAAGGAAGUUGUGAUUGCCCAAAACGACAAGCAUACUGGGCCAGUGCGAGCCUUGGAUGUAAACGUCUUCCAGACCAAUUUGGUGGCCUCUGGUGCUAAUGAAUCUGAAAUCUACAUUUGGGAUUUAAACAAUUUUGCAACUCCAAUGACGCCAGGAGCUAAAACACAGCCACCAGAAGAUAUCAGCUGCAUAGCCUGGAACAGGCAAGUUCAGCAUAUCCUAGCAUCAGCCAGUCCCAGUGGCCGGGCAACUGUGUGGGAUCUCAGGAAGAAUGAGCCUAUCAUCAAGGUCAGCGACCACAGUAACAGGAUGCACUGCUCUGGCCUGGCAUGGCACCCUGACGUUGCUACUCAGAUGGUCCUGGCCUCCGAGGAUGACCGGUUACCAGUGGUCCAGAUGUGGGAUCUGCGGUUCGCCUCCUCUCCACUCCGCGUUCUGGAAAACCACGCCAGGGGGAUUUUGGCAAUUGCUUGGAGCAUGGCAGAUCCUGAAUUGUUGUUAAGCUGUGGAAAAGAUGCUAAGAUUCUCUGCUCUAACCCUCACACAGGAGAGGUAUUAUAUGAACUUCCCACCAACACGCAGUGGUGCUUUGAUAUCCAGUGGUGUCCUCGAAAUCCUGCUGUCCUGUCUGCCGCUUCCUUUGAUGGGCGGAUCAGUGUCUAUUCCAUCAUGGGAGGGAGCGUAGACGGCUUACGGCAGAAGCAAGUCGACAAGCUUUCAUCGUCUUUUGGGAAUCUUGAUCCCUUUGGCACAGGACAGCCUCUCCCUCCAUUACAAAUCCCACAGCAGACUGCUCAGCACAGCAUAGUGUUGCCCCUGAAGAAGCCCCCCAAGUGGAUCCGGAGACCCGUGGGCGCGUCCUUCUCGUUUGGAGGAAAGUUGGUGACCUUUGAGAAUGUCGCAGUGCAGCUGCAGCAGGGAGCGGAGCAGCAGAGGCGGCAGCCCGUGUUCAUCAGUCAGGUGGUGACAGAGAAGGACUUUCUCAGCCGGUCGGAGCAGCUGCAGCAUGUCGUGCAGUCUCAGGGCUUUAUCGGCUACUGCCAGAAAAAGAUCGAUGCUUCCCAGACGGAGUUUGAGAGAAAUGUGUGGUCUUUCUUGAAGGUAAACUUUGAGGAGGAUUCUCGUGGAAAAUACCUUGAGCUUCUGGGAUACAGAAAAGAAGAUCUGGGGAAGAAGAUUGCUUUGGCCUUGAACAGAGUGGACGGAUCCGAUGUGGCUCUUAAGGACUCUGAACAAGUAGCGCAGAGUGAUGGGGAGGAGAGCCCUGCUGCUGGGGAGCAGCUCGUGCCAGAGCGCAUUAAAGAGGAAAAACAGGAAUCUGACUCUCUGCCCUCAGCUGGGGGGACAUUUAACAUCUCUGUCAGUGGGGAUAUUGAUGGUUUAAUUACCCGGGCUUUGCUGACAGGCAAUUUUGAGAGUGCGGUUGACCUUUGUUUACACGAUAACCGGAUGGCCGACGCCAUCAUAUUAGCCAUAGCAGGUGGACAGGAGCUCUUGGCUCAAACGCAGAGGAAAUACUUUGCAAAGUCCCAAAGCAAAAUUACCAGGCUUAUCACUGCAGUGGUGAUGAAGAACUGGAAGGAGAUCGUUGAAUCUUGUGAUCUUAAAAAUUGGAGAGAGGCUUUAGCUGCAGUACUGACUUACGCUAAACCAGACGAGUUCUCGGCCCUGUGCGAUCUUUUGGGAGCCAGACUUGAAAGUGAAGGAGACAGCCUCCUGCGGACUCAGGCCUGCCUCUGCUAUAUCUGUGCAGGGAAUGUAGAGAGAUUAGUUGCUUGUUGGACAAAAGCUCAAGAUGGUAGCAACCCAUUGUCUCUCCAGGAUCUGAUCGAGAAAGUUGUCAUCCUCCGCAAAGCUGUGCAGCUCACCCAAGCCCUGGACACCAAUGCUGUCGGGGCUCUUCUGGCCGAGAAGCUGAGUCAGUACGCCAGCCUGUUGGCAGCCCAGGGCAGCAUCGCCGCAGCCCUGGCAUUUCUGCCUGACAACACCAACCAGCCAGAUAUUGUGCAGCUGCGUGACAGACUCUGUAGAGCCCAAGGCAAGCCUGUGCCGGGGCAGGGAUCAUCUGAGAGCCCGUAUGAGAGACAGCCGCUCUCCAAGGGCAGGCCUGGACCAGUUGCUGGCCACCCGCAGAUGCCCAGAGUUCAAACUCAGCAAUAUUAUCCCCAUGUUAGAAUUGCCCCUACUGUCACUACCUGGAGUAACAAAACUCCCACUGCCCUCCCCAGCCAGCCACCUGCAGCCUCUCCCUCUGACACACAGGGAGAAAACCCUCCGCCUCCAGGGUUCAUAAUGCACGGCAAUGCUAUCCCAAGCACCACCGCCCCGUUGCCUACGUCUCCAGGCCAUGUGCACAGCCAGCUGCCACCUUACCCACAGCCGCAGCCUUACCAGCCAGCCCAGCAGUAUUCCUUCGGAACAGGGGGGUCAGCGGUGUAUCACCCUCAACAGCCUGUUGCUCCUCCUGCCUCUAACGCUUACCCUAACAGCCCGUACAUACCUCCUGUCGCUUCCUAUCCUGGGCAGCCUCCGCUGUACCCGGCACAGCAAGCCUCCUCACCUCCCUCCAGCUCUGCCGCUGCUUUCCCUCCUCCCCCCUCCUCCGGAGCAUCCUUCCAGCACGGCGGACCUGGAGCUCCACCGCCGUCCUCAGCUUACGCACUGCCUCCUGGAACAACAGGUACACCGCCUGCUGCCAGCGAGCUGCCUGCGUCCCAAAGAACAGGUCCUCAGAAUGGUUGGAAUGAUCCUCCCGCUUUGAACAGAGACCCGAAGAAGAAGAAGAUGCCUAAAAACUUCAUGCCUCCUGUUCCCAUUACAUCACCAAUCAUGAACCCUUCGGGUGAUCCCCAGUCACAGGGCCUGCAGCAGCCUUCAGCUCCAGGGCCACUGUCAAGCCACGCCUCCUUCCCGCAGCCACACCUAGCAGGCGGCCAGCCCUUCCACGGUGUACAGCAGCCUCUUGCUCAAGCAGGCAUGCCACCGUCCUUCUCCAAGCCCAACACUGAAGGGGCCCCGGGAGCUCCCAUCGGAAACACCAUCCAGCAUGUGCAGGCUCUGCCAACAGAAAAAAUUACCAAGAAACCUAUUCCAGACGAGCACCUCAUUCUAAAGACUACAUUUGAGGACCUUAUCCAGCGCUGCCUCUCCUCAGCCGCAGACCCCCAAACCAAGAGGAAGCUAGAUGACGCCAGCAAACGCCUGGAGUUCCUGUACGACAGGCUCAGGGAGCAAACGCUUUCCCCAGCAAUCAUCAACGGUCUCCACAGCAUUGCGAGGAGCAUUGAGACCAGGAACUACUCGGAAGGGCUGAGCGUCCACACGCACAUCGUCAGCACCAGCAACUUCAGUGAGACCUCGGCCUUCAUGCCUGUCCUCAAGGUUGUCCUCAGUCAGGCCAGCAAGCUGGGCGUCUGAACACAGCCACACCGUCCACUGACAUUGCCACUUCUCCAAAGAAAGCCAUGCUAAGGCUGGGACCACGCCCUCAUUAGCAUGUCUCCAUGGUCGCCUGCCCGCCCGCCCGCCACCCACCACCCACCCAGGAGCUUGGACUUUAGUUCUGCAGGCAUACUCCCUAGAACUGCUUGGACCCCGGUGCUUUCCUUUGUUUUAACCUCCUGUUGCCCGUUAUGAUUUUCCUAUUCUGCAAAUGCGUCUUUCCUGGAUUACACAGUGUGCUUUCCUGAGGGAUUCUGACAAAAUGUGGUUUUUAAAACUUCGGUGUACUUUUUAGGAAAAUUGCAUCUGGCUAUGUAUAAAACAGACCUAAAAUAAAUUUCUCUGAUGUCUUC